AUGAUAGAUAGUUUGAACCAAAUAUUUUUGGAGUCUUCAUCUGGAACACGUGAACUCAGUGUUGAUGAGUCUAUGAUUAAAUUCAAGGGUCGCAGUACGAUAAAGCAAUAUAACCCAAUGAAACCCAUAAAAAGGGGUUACAAAUUGUGGUGUAUUGCAGACCAGAACGGAUAUAUUAUGAAAUUUACGGUGUACCAAGGAAAAAACGAAACGUUAGAAAAAGAGUUCGAGAACACUAAUUUAGGAGAAAGAAUUGUAUUGCAGUUGACAAAACCAUUUUGGAACGAAUCUAGAAUUGUAUUUUUCGAUAACUAUUUUACAACUUUUUCACUUCUUGAAAAGUUGAGAACGCAACAAACACUAGCUUGUGGUACAAUUAGACAAAAUCGUAAAGGGAUGCCACAAAAGUUCAAAAAAGAUUCUGAAAUACCUCGGGGAGAAUUUGACUACCGAUUUUCUACUUCAGGUAUUGGAAUAUUCAAAUGGAAAGAUAACAAAGUGGUACAUAUUGCGUCGGUUGUGGUACAAUCGGCCGACAGACAUUUGGUCGACAGACAUUUGGCCGACACGCAAUAG